AUGCCGCCGCUCCUGGCGCCCCUGCUCUGCUUGGCGCUGCUGCCCGCACUCGCCGCAAGAGGUCUGAGGUGCUCCCAGCCAGGGGGAGCCUGCCUGAACGGCGGCAGGUGCCAAGUGGUCAACAGCACCGAGGAGACCUGUGUGUGCAGCGGGGCCUUCGUGGGCCAGAGAUGCCAGGAUCCUAACCCGUGCCUCAGCUCUCCCUGCAAGAACGCCGGGACGUGCCGUGUGGUGGACCAGGGCGGUGCUGCAGACUAUGCCUGUAUCUGCCCCCUGGGCUUCUCUGGGCCCCUCUGCCUGACGCCCCUCGACCACGCCUGCCUGUCCAGCCCCUGCCGGAACGGGGGCACCUGCGACCUGGUCACGCUCACAGAGUACAAGUGCCGCUGCCCCCCAGGCUGGUCAGGGAAAUCAUGCCAACAGGCUGAUCCAUGUGCUUCCAACCCCUGUGCCAAUGGCGGCCAGUGUCUGCCCUUCGAGUCCUCGUACAUCUGCGGCUGCCCACCGGGCUUCCACGGCCCGACCUGCAGGCAAGACGUCAAUGAGUGCAGCCAGAGCCCGGGGCUGUGCCGCCAUGGGGGCACCUGCCACAACGAGGUUGGCUCCUACCGCUGCGUCUGCCGCGCCACCCACACUGGUCCCCACUGCGAGCUGCCCUAUGUGCCCUGCAGCCCCUCACCCUGCCAGAAUGGGGGCACCUGCCGCCCCACGGGGGACACCACCUACGAGUGUGCCUGCCUUCCAGGCUUCACGGGUCAGAACUGCGAGGAGAACGUGGAUGACUGUCCAGGAAACGGCUGCAAGAACGGGGGUGCCUGCGUGGACGGUGUGAACACCUACAACUGCCGCUGUCCACCAGAGUGGACAGGCCAGUACUGCACAGAGGACGUGGACGAGUGCCAGCUCAUGCCCACCGCCUGCCAGAAUGGUGGCACCUGCCACAACACCCUCGGCGGCUACAACUGUGUGUGCGUCAAUGGCUGGACGGGCGAGGACUGUGGCGAGAAUAUUGACGACUGUGCCAGUGCUGCCUGCUUCCACGGUGCCACCUGCCACGACCGCGUGGCCUCCUUCUACUGCGAGUGUCCCCACGGCCGCACUGGCCUGCUCUGCCACCUUAGCGACGCAUGCAUCAGCAACCCUUGCAAUGAGGGCUCCAACUGUGACACCAACCCUGUCAAUGGCAAGGCCAUCUGCACCUGUCCCUCGGGAUACACGGGGCCAGCCUGCAGCCAGGACGUGGACGAAUGUGCACUGGGCGCCAACCCCUGUGAGCACGCGGGCAAGUGCCUCAACACGCUGGGCUCCUUCGAGUGCCAGUGUCUGCAGGGCUACACGGGCCCCCGCUGCGAGAUCGAUGUCAACGAGUGCGUCUCGAACCCCUGUCAGAACGAUGCCACCUGCCUGGACCAGAUCGGGGAGUUCCAGUGCAUCUGUAUGCCCGGCUAUGAAGGCGUGUACUGUGAGGUCAACAUGGAUGAGUGUGCCAGCAGCCCGUGCCUCCAUGGUGGCCGCUGCCUGGACAAGAUCAACGAGUUCGUAUGCGAGUGCCCCACAGGCUUCAGCGGGCACCUGUGCCAGUAUGACGUGGACGAGUGUGCCAGCACACCCUGCAGGAACGGGGCCAGGUGCCUGGAUGGGCCCAACACCUACACCUGUGUGUGCACGGAAGGCUACACAGGGACCCACUGCGAGGUGGACAUAGAUGAGUGUGACCCUGACCCCUGUCACUACGGCUCCUGCAAAGAUGGUGUGGCCACCUUCACCUGCUUGUGCCAGCCGGGCUACACGGGCCACCACUGCGAGACCAACAUUAACGAGUGCCACAGCCAACCCUGUCGCCAUGGUGGCACCUGUCAGGACCGCGACAAUGCCUACUUCUGCUUCUGCCUUAAGGGGACCACAGGACCCAACUGUGAGGUCAAUCUGGACGACUGUGCCAGCAGCCCCUGUGACUCGGGCACCUGCUUAGAUAAGAUCGAUGGCUACGAGUGUGCUUGUGAGCCAGGCUACACAGGGAGUAUGUGCAACGUCAACAUCGACGAGUGUGCGGCGAACCCCUGCCACAACGGGGGCACCUGUGAGGACGGCAUCAACGGCUUCACCUGCCACUGCCCCGAGGGCUACCACGACCCCACCUGUCUGUCCGAGGUCAACGAGUGUAACAGCAGCCCCUGCGUCCAUGGGGUCUGCCGGGACAGCCUCAAUGGGUACAAGUGUGACUGUGAGCCUGGGUGGAGUGGGACAAACUGUGAUAUCAACACCAACGAGUGCGAGUCCAACCCCUGUGUCAAUGGCGGCACCUGCAAAGACAUGACCAGCGGCUAUGUGUGCACGUGCCGGGAAGGCUUCAGUGGCCCCAACUGCCAGACCAACAUCAACGAGUGUGCGUCCAACCCAUGCCUGAACCAGGGCACCUGCAUCGAUGACGUCGCUGGGUACAAGUGCAACUGCCUACUGCCCUACACAGGAGCCACAUGUGAGGGGGUGCUGGCCCCGUGUGCCCCCAGCCCCUGCAGAAACAGCGGGGUGUGCAAGGAGUCGGAGGACUACGAGAGCUUUUUCUGCGUCUGCCCAGUGGGCUGGCAGGGGCAGACCUGUGAGAUUGAUGUCAAUGAGUGCGUGAAGAGCCCCUGCCGCAAUGGCGCGUCCUGCCAGAACACCAACGGUAGCUACCGCUGCCUCUGCCAGGCAGGCUACACAGGGCGCAACUGCGAGAGUGACAUCGAUGACUGCCGGCCGAACCCUUGUCACAAUGGUGGCUCCUGCACAGACGGCGUCAACACGGCCUUCUGCGACUGCCUGCCUGGCUUCCAGGGUGCCUUUUGUGAGGAGGACAUCAACGAGUGCGCCAGCAACCCCUGCCACCACGGGGCCAACUGCACGGACUGCGUGGACAGCUACACCUGCACCUGCCCCGCGGGCUUCAAUGGCAUCCACUGUGAGAACAACACGCCCGACUGCACAGAGAGCUCCUGCUUCAACGGCGGCACUUGUGUGGACGGCAUCAAUGCCUUCACCUGCCUGUGCCCUCCCGGCUUCACGGGCAGCUACUGUCAGCAUGACAUUAACGAGUGUGAUUCACGGCCCUGCCUGCACGGUGGCACCUGCCAGGACAGCUAUGGCACCUACAAGUGCACCUGCCCGCAGGGCUACACUGGCCUCAACUGCCAGGACCUCGUGCGCUGGUGUGAUUCCUCUCCCUGCAAGAAUGGAGGCAAGUGCUGGCAGACCAAUACCCUGUAUCGCUGUGAGUGCCGCAGUGGCUGGACUGGCCUCUACUGUGACGUGCCCAGUGUCUCCUGUGAGGUGGCCGCACAGCAGCGAGGGGUCAAGGUCUCCCACCUGUGCCAGCACGGAGGACUGUGCGUGGAUGCAGGCAACACCCACCACUGCCGCUGCCAGGCGGGGUACACCGGCAGCUACUGUGAGGACGAGGUGGACGAGUGCUCGCCCAGCCCCUGCCAGAACGGGGCCACCUGCACCGACUACCUGGGCGGUUACUCCUGCAAGUGCAUGGCCGGCUACCACGGGGCCAACUGCUCUGAGGAGAUCAACGAGUGCCUGUCCCACCCCUGCCAGAACGGGGGCACCUGCAUCGACCUCACUAACACCUACAAGUGCUCCUGCCCCCGGGGAACACAGGGUGUGCACUGUGAGAUCAAUGUGGACGACUGCAGCCCCCCUCUAGACCCUGCCUCCCGGAGCCCCAGGUGCUUCAACAAUGGCACCUGCGUCGACCAGGUGGGCGGCUACAGCUGCACCUGUCCACCCGGCUUUGUGGGUGAGCGGUGUGAGGGCGAUGUCAACGAGUGCCUGUCCAACCCCUGUGAUGCACGUGGCACCCAGAACUGCGUGCAGCGUGUCAACGACUUCCACUGCGAGUGCCGCCCCGGCCACACUGGGCGUCGCUGUGAGUCUGUCAUCAAUGGAUGCAAGGGUAAGCCCUGCAAGAAUGGGGGCACUUGCAAUGUGGCAUCCAACACUGCCCGCGGGUUCAUCUGCAAGUGCCCAGCGGGCUUCGAGGGCGCCACCUGCGAGAAUGACGCCCGCACCUGUGGCACGCUGCGCUGCCUCCAUGGGGGCACAUGCAUCUCUGGCCCACGCAGCCCCACCUGCCUGUGCCUGGCGCCCUUCACGGGCCCCGAGUGCCAGUUCCCAGCCAGCAGCCCCUGCUUGAGCGGCAACCCCUGCUACAACCAGGGCAGCUGUGAGCCCACAUCCGAGAGCCCCUUCUACCGCUGCCUGUGCCCCCCCAAGUUCAACGGGCUCCUGUGCCACAUCCUAGACUACAGCUUUGGGGGUGGUGCUGGGCGUGACAUCCCCCCGCCGCAGAUCGAGGAGGCCUGCGAGCUGCCGGAGUGCCAGGCUGAUGCGGGCAAUAAGGUCUGCAGCCUGCAGUGUAACAACCAUGCCUGUGGCUGGGACGGGGGCGACUGCUCCCUCAACUUCAACGACCCCUGGAAGAACUGCACGCAGUCCCUGCAGUGCUGGAAGUACUUCAGCGACGGCCGCUGCGACAGCCAGUGCAACUCGGCCGGCUGCCUCUUCGACGGCUUCGACUGCCAGCACGCAGAAGGCCAGUGCAACCCCCUGUAUGACCAGUACUGCAAGGACCACUUCAGCGACGGGCACUGCGACCAGGGCUGCAACAGCGCCGAGUGCGAGUGGGAUGGGCUCGACUGCGCGGAGCACGUCCCCGAGCGGCUGGCCGCCGGCACGCUGGUGCUGGUGGUGCUGCUGCCGCCCCAGCAACUGCGCAACCACUCUCUGCACUUUCUGCGGGAGCUCAGCCGUGUGCUGCACACCAACGUGGUCUUCAAGAGGGAUGCGCAGGGCCACCAGAUGAUCUUCCCCUACUACGGCCACGAGGAGGAGCUGCGCAAACACCCCAUCAAGCGUGCCGCGGGCUGGGCGGCACCUGGUUCCCUGCUGGGCCAGGCCACUGCCUCCCUGCUCCCCGGCAGCAGCAGGCGCCAGCGCAGGGAGCUGGACCCCAUGGACAUCCGGGGGUCUAUCGUCUACCUGGAGAUCGACAACCGGCAGUGCAUGCAGUCCUCCUCCCAGUGCUUCCAGAGUGCCACCGAUGUGGCUGCCUUCCUGGGGGCGCUGGCCUCACUGGGCAGCCUCAAUAUCCCCUACAAGAUCGAUGCGGUGCAGAGUGAGACUGUGGAGCCGCCGCCGCCUGCUCAGCUGCACCUCAUGUAUGUGGCCGCGGCCGCCUUCGUGCUGCUCUUCUUCGUGGGCUGCGGGGUCCUGCUGUCCCGCAAGCGCCGGCGGCAGCAUGGCCAGCUCUGGUUCCCCGAGGGCUUCAAGGUGUCCGAGGCCAGCAAGAAGAAGCGGCGGGAGCCCCUUGGCGAGGACUCCGUGGGCCUCAAGCCUCUGAAGAACGCCUCGGACGGCGCCCUCAUGGACGAGAGCCAGAACGAGUGGGGGGAUGAGGGCCUGGAGACCAAGAAGUUCCGGUUCGAGGAACCUGUGGUUCUUCCUGACCUGGAUGACCAGACAGACCACCGACAGUGGACCCAGCAGCACCUGGAUGCUGCAGACCUACGCAUGUCCGCCAUGGCACCCACACCACCCCAGGGAGAGGUCGAUGCCGACUGCAUGGAUGUCAAUGUCCGUGGGCCCGAUGGCUUCACCCCGCUCAUGAUCGCCUCCUGCAGUGGAGGCGGCCUGGAGACAGGCAACAGUGAGGAGGAGGAGGACGCCCCAGCCGUCAUCUCCGACUUCAUCUACCAGGGCGCCAGCCUGCACAACCAGACCGACCGCACAGGCGAGACUGCCCUGCACCUGGCUGCCCGUUACUCGCGCUCCGAUGCUGCCAAGCGCCUGCUGGAGGCCAGUGCAGACGCCAACAUCCAGGACAACAUGGGGCGCACCCCACUGCAUGCGGCUGUUUCUGCUGAUGCACAGGGCGUCUUCCAGAUCCUGAUCCGGAACCGAGCCACAGACCUGGACGCCCGCAUGCAUGACGGCACCACUCCCUUGAUCCUAGCUGCCCGCCUGGCUGUGGAGGGCAUGCUGGAGGAUCUCAUCAACUCUCACGCGGACGUCAACGCCGUGGAUGACCUGGGCAAGUCGGCCCUGCACUGGGCUGCUGCUGUGAACAACGUGGAUGCCGCCAUUGUGCUCCUAAAGAAUGGGGCCAACAAGGACAUGCAGAACAACAAGGAAGAGACACCUUUGUUCCUGGCCGCCCGGGAGGGCAGCUAUGAGACCGCUAAGGUGCUGCUGGACCACUUUGCUAACCGGGACAUCACCGACCACAUGGACCGCCUGCCUCGGGACAUCGCACAGGAGCGCAUGCACCAUGACAUCGUGCGGCUGCUGGAUGAACACAACCUGGUGCGCAGCCCCCAGCUACACGGGGCCGCCCUGGGCAGCACACCCCGCCUGUCGCCCACCCUCUGCUCGCCCAGUGGCUACCUGGGCAACCUCAAGCCCAGUGUGCAGGGCAAGAAGGCCCGAAAACCUAGCACCAAAGGCCCAGCCUGUGGCAGCAAGGAGGCCAGGGACCUCAAGGCACGCAGGAAGAAGUCCCAGGACGGCAAGGGCUGCCUGCUGGACAGCUCCAGCAUGCUGUCGCCAGUGGACUCCCUCGAGUCACCGCAUGGCUACCUGUCGGACGUGGCCUCGCCACCCCUCCUGCCCUCCCCCUUCCAGCAAUCUCCAUCCAUGCCGCUUAACCACCUGCCCGGCAUGCCUGAUGCCCACCUGGGCAUCAGCCAUCUGAAUGUGGCGGCCAAGCCUGAGAUGGCAGCGCUGGGUGGGGGCAGCCGGCUGGCCUUUGAGCCUGGCCCCCCACGGCUCUCCCACUUGCCUGUGGCCUCCAGCACUGGCACGAUCCUGGGUGCCAGCAGCACAGGGGCUGUGAAUUUCACUGUGGGCGGGGCUGCAGGCUUGAAUGGCCAAUGUGAGUGGCUCUCCCGGCUGCAGAGUGGCAUGGUGCCCAGCCAGUACAACCCGCUGAGAGGGGCGGUGGCACCCGGCACGCUGAGCACACAGGCCCCCGCUCUCCAGCACACCAUGAUGGGCUCACUGCCCGGCAGUCUCUCUGCCAGCGCACUCUCCCAGAUGAUGAGCUAUCAGGGCCUGCCCAGUGCACGGCAUGCCACCCAGCCUCACCUGGUGCAGCCCCAGCAGGUGCCGCAGCAAAACUUGCAGAUGCAGCAACAGAACCUGCAGAUGCCAGACAUGCAGCAACCCCAGAGCCUGCAGCCACCUGCACAGCCACACCUGGGUGUGGGCACAGCAGCCAGUGGCCACCUGGGUCGGAGCCUCCUGGGAGGGGAGCCGAGCCAGGAUGUGCAGCCAUUGGGCCCCAGCAACCUGACGGUGCACACCAUCCUGCCCCAGGAGAGCCAGGCCUUGCCCACCUCACUGCCAUCCUCACUGGUCCCGCCCAUGACCACUACCCAGUUCCUGACCCCACCCUCCCAGCACAGCUACUCCUCCUCGCCUGUGGACAAUACCCCCAGCCACCAGCUGCAGGUGCCCGAGCAUCCCUUCCUCACCCCGUCCCCAGAGUCCCCUGAUCAGUGGUCCAGCUCGUCGCCACAUUCCAACAUCUCUGAUUGGUCCGAGGGCAUCUCCAGCCCGCCCACCACCAUGCAAUCCCAGGUCACCCACAUUCCAGAGGCGUUCAAGUAAACAGCCGCGCCCACGGGACCCCAGCUUCCUUUCCCAAGCCCUGCCGGGUGUGUCCAGUGCUCCAGGAUGCUGGGGCCAACCAAAGGAGCCUUUAAAAAAAAAUGUUUUUAUACAAAAUAAGAACAAGAAUUUCAUUUUUUUUAGUAUUUAUUUAUGUACUUUUAUUUUACACAGAAACACUGCCUUUUUAUUUAUAUGUACUGUUUUCUAUGGCACCAGGUAAAAACUUUUGUGUUCCAAGGAAAUAAACUAGUUCUUAGAGACAUGAUUUUCCUACUUAGGGUAAAGAUCCUUACAUGUUUGUAAAAUAUAAGCAAAGAUUCAUGAUUUAUAAGUGCCAUUUAUUUAUUGAUUUCUUUUCAAAUUCCAAAAAGAAUGCUGGAGGAAGGAGGUUGGAACUGCGCUGUCCAGAGUCCUCAGGGUACCCGGCCUUUCCUAGGGGCCCACCAGCCCUGCCCUCCCCCUCCCAGUGUCCCCUGUGUCUGGUGAGAAAUUGGGUCUAGAGGGAACUAAGGCAGGACCUUGGCGCCUUGGGCAUGUGGGCUAAUCUGUAUCUGAAACAAGAAAGUUAAGUAAAUGAUGUGGUCCACUGUCUUGGUAUUUUUAGUGAUGGGUCUAAACACGCUUUGAAAGCUGUGGUCCCGGGAAUCCUUCCCUGGUAUCAGUCGUGAAUCUUUGUUCAGGGUCAGUGUUCCUAGUAGUCACUGGUCUUGCAAGUUCCGAUUCCCACCAGCCCCUUCCUGACAUUGAGGUGUCACAUGGAGCAGCCGUCCACCUGUGGAGCGUGGUGCCCACUGGAGGCCACGUGGAGGGGUCCUACCCUCUUCUGGGGAAGGACACUGCAUGGGCCAUUCUGAUAGGGCCCCAGUCCCUUACCUUGAGCAGCAUGAUCCACUUUCAGCAGAGGACAGACUCCACUGCUGAAGGCUCCCGUGUCUGGAGACUUCCAGAGGGCUGGUGUCCACCAGUUCUCUCCCAGCAUCCCCGUCUGCCAUGGGUAGGCAAUCUGUGUCCAGCCCUGGGGGUGUCUGGAGGGCCAGGUAGAGCCUGCUCUGGGGCACUCCCCCGGUUCAGGGGGACGUUGUCCAGGGGAGCAGCAGAUCCUUACAGUAUGGAGUAUACGCCUGUGGCAGAGUAAUGUCUGUAAAUAUGUUUUUAAAGAUGGAUUUUGUUUAAAAAAUCUAAUGGAACAAGUCUGUUUUGUGUCAGAUGAUGAGGGAUGUCAGAAUGUGGCCCAGGCCACAUGACCUGCAGCUGCCGGAACCGUAGCUCCUAAGAGCACAACCCAGGGAUGGCCCUGGGUCGCCCCCAGCCCCUGCCCAUUUCCCGAGUGUGUGGGGGCUUGCCCAUGGCAGGUGCCUACCUCCUCAGGGCGCUCCUUUGGCUUUUCGGAGGACAGUGUUGUACCAUCCGUAGUGGGCAUGACCAGACACGCCCUAAGAUGUUGAUUCUUACUGUUUUAUAAAAUAGAGUGUAGUUUACAGAAAAAGGAAACUUUGAAAAAGUUAUCUACGUGCAGAACUGUAGAUGAUGGAAAUUAUGUAUUUUUUUUCAUCUUUUGUUAACCGAUUUGCAAUAAAAAUGAUGACCAUUAGGUCAUCCAGAUUUUGCUAAA